ACAAUUGUUACAAGUAAAUACGCCUAGAACCCUAAAACAACGUUCAGCAGCUCUUGGAGUUGCACGAACAUCAAAAUCGCAGCGAGAACCCUUCCAUUUAUAUUAAAAAAAAACAUGGGGAAGAAGAGAAAGCGCAGCGAGAAGACUGAAGCUGCGGCGGUUCCCAAAAAGGAUGAUGUUGCACCAGAAAGACCAGUCAGAACUCUUUUAGGAUGGAAGAAUAAAACACAAAACGAGAAUGAAAAUGAAAUUGAGGUCCAGGAUAAUGGUUCCUCACCUAUAUUCAGAAACAAAGAGAAAGUCUUGGUCACUUGCUCUAGGCGAAUUGUUUUCAGGUACCGACAUUUGAUGUUGAACAUUGUAUCGCUCCUGCCUCAUUGCAAGAAGGAUAACAAGGUUGAAUCAAAAGAAACUAAAGGGGCCACAUUGAAUGAGCUUGUUGAGCUCAAAAACUGUUCCUCUUGUUUAUUUUUCGAGUGCAGGAAGGCAAAGGAUCUUUAUCUCUGGAUGUCAAAAUGCCCGAAUGGCCCGUCUGUUAAAUUUUUAGUUAGUGCCGUUCACACGAUGGAGGAAUUGAAGCUAACUGGGAAUCACCUAAAAGGUUCCCGCCCACUUUUGACAUUUUCAUCAAAUUUUGAAAAAGAUGCAUAUUGGAAACUGUUGAAAGAGAUGUUGUUGCAGAUAUUUGAAACACCAAAGGACCAUAGAAAGGCUAAGCCUUUCCAUGACCAUGUUUUUGUAUUCUCAAUAGUUGACGACCAUAUUUGGUUCCGAAAUUAUCAGAUCUCUGUUCCUCAUAAUGAGUCAGACAAAUUACCUCGAGGAGGCCUUGAUAAAAUGACAUUAAUUGAGGUUGGUCCACGGUUCUGCUUGAAUCCAAUUAAAAUAUUUGGUGGCAGUUUUGGAGGUCCAACUCUAUAUGAGAAUCCAUUCUAUGUGUCGCCAAACCAGAUUCGAGCUUUGCAGAAGAAGAAAAAGGCUGGAACCUUUGCAAAGAAGGUCAAAGCAAAGACAAGGAGGAAAAGGCAUGAGAUGGCAAAUCCGCUGGAGCCUGAUGAGUUUGCAGAUAUGUGGAAAGAUUAAACUUAAAUUCACCUGCUUCUUUUCGCCAAAUUUUAGAAUGGGCUAUUCACCUUAGAGUGGUUUUGUUUGGCAUUCCAUUCUUUAAAGUGGUUUAGAAUUUUAGAAUUGCUAUUUAGGAUGCACUUCUAUGUUACCAUCAAACUAUGAUCUGCAUCAUAAAAGGUACUCCCUCCGUUCCUUUUUAAGUGUCGUUUUAGCAAAAAGCUCUUCAACCAAGAUAGUGGAUUAUUAGAGUUAAUUUUCCUAUUAUACCCUUAUUUAAUUUUCUCUUUCCAAAUAAAUUCAAUCAUACAUUCUCUUUUUCCAAUAACUAAUUGAAAAAUUUAAGGUGGGGUUAUUAAGAAAAUAAGGGUAUAAAUGACAAAUUAUAACAUUAAAUUAUAAAACGACACUUAAAUAGGAACAAAAAAAUUCUUCUAAAACGACACUUAAAAAGGAACGGAGGGAGUAGAUUACUGUGAUUCUGUAAUGUUUUCUUUAAUUCAUGUGGGGACUAUUUCAGGAUUUGCUCUACUCUUCCUUUUGCUAUAACUAUAUUCAUAAAAAUUGCUUGGAUGUUAGUAUAAAUUAACAAUUGCAUUCCUUUUAU